AUGGGCGCGUCCGAAAGCCGUGUUCUUCAUCAAAUUUACGAAGAUAGUGGUGAUCCAAAUGAAAGUCCAGUCUAUGUGAACAAGCACGUUUUCGAAGAGAACGGCGGUACAUUGAUUUCAACUUUCAGAUGCAUGCCAGAUGCUAAAACAACUGCUGACAUGAUCAAAACAGCAGCUGUCAAGUACGGUCCAAAGAAUUUUACCGGAGAGCGCGAGAAAUUACCUGAUGGCAAGUAUGGAAAAUACGAUUAUAUCUCUUAUACCGAGUUCUACCGCAGAGUCGUUGCAUUUUCCCGUGGUCUUUCCAAGAUUGGUCUUAACCCCGGAGAUAAAGUCGGUAUUUAUGGCCCGAACUGCCAAUACUGGGAAAUUACACAGUUUGCUGCACAUUCUAACUCAAUGAUUGUAGUUCCAGUCUACGAUUCCCUCGGUCCAAAUGCUGCUCAGUACAUUAUCAACCAUGCCGAGUGCAAAGCAGUUGUUUGCCAUCCGUCCAAGGUCCAAUCUCUCCUUUCUAUCGCUAAAGACUGCCCAGUCCUCGAGCACAUCAUUGCAAUGGAUAAUCAAGCUCCAUCCACAGAAAAUUCUCGUAUUAUGACCUAUACCGCGGAUCAAAUUGUCACAACUGGUGAAACAGAGACAACAGAGUUACAAAUGCCAAAGCCAGAAACAAUUGCCUUCAUCAUGUACACAUCAGGAUCCACAGGAACUCCAAAAGGCUGCGUUUUAACACACAAUAACUUAAUUUCUGGUGCUGUUGGCUUCACGAACCUUGGCAUAUCCAUCACAACAUCAGAUACAUUCCUUUCCUUCUUACCGUUAGCUCAUAUCUACGAACUUACCGUCGAAUACGUCAUGAUGGCCCAAGGAACGGCCAUUGGCUUCUCGACAGGCGAUAUCCGCCGCCUUACAGAGGAUAUCCAAGCCCUCAAGCCAACAAUUAUCAUCGGCGUCCCAAGAGUUUGGAACAGAAUGGUAGAUAAAAUGUCUCAAAAGGUCAAAGCCCUUCCAGCACCGAAGCGAAUGCUCGUAGAAUGGGCCAUUAAGAUGAAAUCCGAAGCAAUCAAAGCCCAAAGACCACAUUCUUUCAUUCUUGACCGAAUAAUCUUCCAACAGUUCGCAGAUGCACUCGGCGGACGUGUCAGAUUCCUUGUUUCGGGUGGAGCUCCAAUUCUUCCUGAGGUCUACGACUUCCUUCGCGUUGCAAUUUGCCCGAAUAUCGUUCAAGGCUACGGAUUAACCGAAGUUGCUGCCGGAUUGACAGUCCAAGAGAUCCCAGCGUUCACAUCAUGCGACUGCGGCGCAAUAACACCUGUUUCCAUGGUCAAAUUGCGGAAAGUCGAAGGAUUCAUGUACAAUCCACGAGGAACUCCUGCCUGCGGUGAGUUGCUUGUUAAAGGACCACAUGUAUUCCAGGGAUACUACAAGGAACCGAAGCUCACAGACGAAGCUUUCGCUGAUGAGAAACACGAAUGGUUCGCUACCGGAGAUAUCGUCCAAAUUGCCGAGUCAGGAAUUAUUUCUAUCAUCGACCGCGCAAAAAUGCUCGUUAAACUUUCUCAAGGAGAAUAUCUUGCCAUUACUAAUCUUAACGAUGCAUACGGAAGCGCACCAGGAGUCGCAAACAUCUAUGUUUAUGCAGAUUCCCACCAUGAUUCACCAGCAGCCGUUGUUGUUCCAACACAUGAAUUAAUUCAGAAAUGGCAAGCGGCGGGAAUCACAAAUAUCGCUGAUUCCGAUAUCGCCAAGAAGGAAGUACUCCAGAUUCUUGCUGACGAGCACAAGAAGGCAGGAAUGAGAGGUUUCGAAAGAAUCUCCGCUGUUGUUCUCGAUACAGAAGAGUUUUCUGUCGAAAAUGGAAUGUUGACACCAACACUCAAGCCACAGUGGCAAUCUCUCAGAAAGAAAUAUGAAUGCGCAUUACUUGAAGCUUUGGAUAAAGUUCCAAAGCGUGAAUAA